UCCUCUCUAAAGAUAGAAAGGGCUAGCAUUAAGAAAUCAUGAAGUCUGCUACCUUUUCUCCCAAACGAAGAGUAGACAUCAAUCAAAAGAUAUGAGUAGUAAAAGUAGUCAUAGCCGAUUUCGCAUUGAAACUUAGUGAUCCGACUCGGAGAUAAUUUUCACAUGUCGACAAGCUGAAGUGGACUUAAAAAUUAACUCCAAAUUCCUCCCGGAGCGUUUCCGACUUGACGUCUGCGAACAUACGCUAAUUAACACAACUCCAACCUCCAACCCACGACCGUACAGAUUCUUUACCUGCCAAACAAGCUUCAAACUCUUACCAACACUCCGUCCAGAAAAAGCUCGAAAAACAAGAAAAAGAAAAAAAAGCAAGAAAAAAAGGAAAAUGGCGCCUCGCGGUUUCACAAACCCGGCUCCAAAGACCGACUCUGCUCGCUCAGCCUUGAGCUCAUUUACCUGCACACUCUGCAACAAGUCGUACUCGCGACACCCCGAAUACGAAGCGCACAUCGGAUCCUACGACCACCAACACCGCAAACGCCUACAAGAUCUAAAACAGCUAUCGCGCGACCCAAAUGCUGCGGAACGAGCGCGGAAGGCGGAGAAGAAGGCGGAUGCGGAGGCCGGGUUGCGGGUGCUAGAUACCAGUGCCAACAACAACAAUAGUGGUGCUGCGAGUGUAGGGAGUGUAGGGAGUAAAAGUGGUGGCGGCGGCGGUAGUGGUGGAGGUGGUGGAGGCGGGUUUAAGAAGGGGGGAUUCAAGAGCUCGUUUACGACGGUCAAGGGGCCUGCGGCGGCACCGACGAGGAAGAAUGUACUUGGGGAUGAGGAUGAGGAUGAGGAAGGGGGUGGUGGUGGUGGUGGUGGUGAGGAGGAAACUGGGCAGGCUUCGGUAACAGGCCAUGAUGGCGAGGGGAAAGAUGGACAGAGGUUUGGAGAGGUUGAGAGUGAUACGGAUGAAGAUUAUCAGAAUGAUACAGAUGGCGCGUAUUAUGAUCCGCUGAGGCCGACGGGUUGCAGCUCUGAAUGUCCAGGUGCCAGGGCUGUUUCUAUGACAUGAUAUUACGACUAUAUUUUUGAAGGCUUGUACGUUUAUAUGGCAUAGCGAUGGCGUUGGGAACAGUGUUGUAUUGAUCUAUACAAAAGUCCAAGGCGGCAGAUGGAAGACAGAAUGCUCUUGAUAAAUAGUCGUACAAUUCUAGUAUCGGCUCAAAUAAUGACAAUAGGAAAGGGUGGUCCGCAACAAUCUAACAGUAUGAGACGCGUGAUGGAAUU